AUGGAGGAAAAAACCCAAAUGAUGAACGCCGUACGCGCCGCCGACGACAAGGCCGCGGUCGUCCACGCGGUGAUGCACCAGACCGCGAUGCAGCAGGUCCGGGGAGUCAAUCGACCGCCAUCGAUGUCCAUCGUCGGGCACCAUCACCAUCACCAUCACCACCAUCAGCCGCACCACCAGCAGCAGCAGCCUCUGGCGCACCUACACCACCACAGCCGGACGGUCGGCAGCGGCCUGGUCAUGGCCGAUUUCCGCAGCGAACCGGCCGUGGUGACCACGCCGAUAAUACUGGACCCGAGAAUCGUCAUCGGCGGGGGUGCCGGCGAACGGCGGCCGGUCAUCAACGGUUGCGGCGGCGGCAGCGCCUCUCCGUAUCCCGUCUUUCAGCCGCGUCCCGUCUACCCGAUCCCGAUGCCCCCCACCGCUAUGUGGCACCAUACGCCGUCUCAUUUUCCCGCGUCCAACGCGUUCGCGCCUUUCAUCGAGGUAAGUCGCGUGUUCUCUUAUACAACCAAUUAUACAAUUAUAACUUUUGCAUACAAUAUACGAAUUAUUAUUGUCAGUACGAGGAGAAAAUGGUCGCGCGUUGUGAUCGCGAUAAUAAGAGGUAAUUGUUUCUCGUUUCUAUUGUAAAGUAUCCGAUUACCGAAGAACGGAACGGAAUCGUUUGCAUUUCAAUAAUAUUAUUCACGUUCAAAUGGACAGGUCAAUGUUAUGUCUGUGCUUAAAAUUCAAACGCCGGCGAGCGAUAUGCAAAUGAAAAUUCAACACGAAAACCGCAGGCACUAUCGUAAUAUUACGUUUUCCGGGUCGAACAAUUGAUUUGAUUUUUGAUUUUUUUUUUUUUUUUUUUUAUACGGAGUGAUUCACUAAGCGUGACUAGUCCGAUUUUUUUUUUUUUUAUCAAAUACCGCGUGUGCAAAUUCAGAUAUUAUGAAGUCGACAUUUUCGAAUGAUUCGAUUUUUUACGGGUUGACGGAAACCGAAAAUGUUGACGCCAAAAUUUUAAGCAAUACUCCGCCUAUACAUGAAAUCUUCAAUACAUACGUUCUUGUUUGAAAAACCAAAGUUUGUAUCGCCACAGGACACUCCUUAAAUUUUGUGAAAAAUCUAAGUAUUCGAAUUACGCUUUAAGAAUUCCAAAAAUCGUAAUUAGAGUGUACGCAAAAUUUCACCAAAAUAUUCGGGUGUAUCGCCUUGUAUGAACGUAUAUUGUACACUCGCGAUUUAACGUUUCUUGUUUUCUGCAACAUCACCGCGAAGAAAUACGUUAUACGUUAUUAUACAGGUGAGGUAGGGGCACUCGGUUUUUUAAUAAAAUUGCGUAAUGGUAGUUCGGAAGAGGAAAAACAUUGAAUAAUAAUCAUCUUUACACAGUGGGUAGGUAAGCGAAUCGCGUCCGCCGGGGGAUCGACGUCGUAUCGAAUUAUUGUGAAUGUUUGUUUCUCGAACGUAUUCGGAAGAAGACGGCCCCCGAGCGGAGCUCGUUUGCGUAUCGCGUUUCCGACUUUAUAAGAGUAUAACCCCAAGAUUAUUUUCAAGGUUUAUUAUUCAAAUGUAUACGUACGUACGUGUUUCAAAAAUGCGUGUACAAUACGCGGGUAUGUUAUACAAAUUUACGAACGGAAAAAUCGCAAAAUAUAAUAUUGUUAUUUAUUUAUCGCAACCGUGGUUACGGAGAAAACAUUUUGGGAGGUACAAUACAGAAGGGAAUUUAAUGUAUACCUGCAAGCAACGGUAAACCGUUUCUGUCGAAAAAACGAUUCUGAGCGGAAUUCAGUCGAUAGUGAUGUUUUGUCAACAAUAUAUAAUAUUAUGUCAUAUUAUAGUAAAAUAAUUAAAUAGGCAUUACAUAUUUUCUUUAAUAAUAUUUGUUCAAUAUUGUACCAAUAAAGUUACCUCCUUAAAAUACUUUCACAGUCAGAUUUCUUCCUAGAAAAAGUGCCCCGAGGUGUCACAACGUUUCUAGUAGAAAAAUUGUCCACACAUAAGAAAAAAAAAUAAACAUUAUUGUAAAACCAAAAGCUUCUUCGCUACACUUAGAAUCUAAAAAAGAAACAGAACAGCUAAUAUUGUACACUACAGGUACUAGAUAAGAAGUCCGGAACGCGGGAGACAUAACGUGUUAUAUUAGAUUUGCAUCGAUAAAUUAUCGGUUUUUACGAUUUUCGUUAAACAUUUUAGUUAGAGCUCUUAUAGAAUAGAUAACUGCGCAUUUAUUAAAUAAAUUUUAUGACACGAACCCCGAGUAAAAUUUCCAAAAAUUUCUGCUUGGCCAAAACAAUUUUAUCCGCGUGAAACGUCGAAAAUGUCGAAUGCCGACGAGCUGCUGAAAAACCUCCAGAAUGUUUUGAAAAUUUCACCGUGUCCGAGAAAGGCUAAUAUAGGAAUUUUAUACAAAUUUCAGAUUCUAUACACGUAUAUUUUUAGUAAAAUUAUUGUUCACCUUGUAUAAUAGCGCAAUAUCGAGUAUAAUUAAAAUUAAGGAUUAUUAAUCGAACAAAAUUUAAAUGUUUCCUUAUUUUUUUUUUUUUUUUUCAAUAUUUUAUCACUUUGAUAAAUUUUUGUAAAAAUAACACAUAAUAACUAUAAGCUUGGGGAAUUUUAGCUCUAAACCACAGACCAAUAUGCUUUAAAAAUCAACCAAAUAUACACUAAAAAAUACUCUAAACAAAUUUGUUUUAUUGAAAUUGUGUAUUAAAAACAUGACGUCAUAUCCAUAACUAAUUUAUUUAUUUAUAUUUAUUUUUUUUAACGGUAUUUUCGUCAAAACUUUACAUUUCGAAAUGAACCAUUCAAAAGUUAUUGUUCACGCUCAUUACUUGUCUUUUAUCUAAAUUAACAACCUAUUUUACGGUAGUCUAUUCGACUAUACUAUCGCACAUCAAAGCGUAUUAAUUUCAACAAUCGAAAAACGCGUGUAUAAUACGCGGCUUACAAUACUGUCAAAAUAUGUUCUAAAAAAACAAAUACUGUAAAAUAUUCAAAUGUACGCAAAAUAAAAUUUAAGAUUUAGAUUUCUUACGUGAUGAGCUGCAGUAUUUACGUUUGACUGUUAUUUGUUUAAUCUUGCAUAAUACACAAAUGCUAAAAGUCCUGAACCCCCGAACGAAAUAUAAUUUUUAAAACCACUCCUGAUUAUUGAAUACGUCGACAGGAAAAACGUUUCAAUUGAGUUUUGUUUUAAAACUCUGCCUCUUUUCGACACCUUGGCAUAAGAGUUAUGAAGUUUUCAUACGAGAAUAAUUCAGGGUACACAGGUCCGUGAUUGAUAACGAAUUAAUAACAUUGCUGACGAAAAAGAAAAACAUAAAAAAUAAGAGAAAUAUGGCUAAAAUGUCCUUAAUAUAGUACGUGAAAGGACAACUCCACCAGUUUAGACACGCAAAACAAAAGAAAUCAACGAAAAAAGUCGGGUCAUUAUAAUUGCAUGGUAACUGGAAAGAAGGCCGAGGACCCAGGGAAAGAUCGAAGAAACGCUGGACGAAUAGAAUACGACAUGACCUCGAUAGUUCGGAAGUAA